GUGAGAGCCCAGAGCUGAGAGGAGACAUUGCUAUUACUGGCAGCAGUGACAUGUUCUUAACAUGGAAGUCAGGAUGGACAAGGAUGGCAGUCACUUGUCUGAGGAGAUAUUAACCCUCACUCUCAAGAUGAUCUACCUGCUUUCUGGGGAGGAAUGUGUGGUGGUGAAGAAGAUUACUGGGGAACUUCUGACAGCCAGCAGUAUUCAUAAGUCAGGAGGAUGGAGGUGGAACCAGAGCUCUACCAUGGAACCUACACCUCAGUCACCUAUACAUGAGAGAAACACCGAGCAGGAGAUCCUAGAACACACCAACAAGAUCAUUGAGCUGCUGACUGGAGAGGUGUCUUUUAGAUGUCAGGAUGUCACUGUCCAUUUCUCCAUGGAGGAUUGGGAAUAUUUAGAAGAACACAAGGAUGUGUACAAGGACAUUAUGAUGGAGGACCACCAGCUCCUCACAUCACCAGAUGUAUUCAGUAAGAGAAAUUCACCAGAGGGAUGUCCUGGUCCUCUGUGUUCCCAGGAUCAUCAGAUAGAAGAUCACAGUAUCAAUCAGGAUCAUCAGAAUGAACACCUCAGAAAUACAAAAAUUAAGGUUAUAGCUGAAGAAAACAAAAAGACAUUUUUGACUGAUGAUCGACAUCUUCCAGAGAAGAACAUUAUAACAAAUGGCAGCACAACAGAUGGAACCAUGAGUAGGAAUAGUUCAGAGGAACAUCUAAUUUCUUCUCCAAAUUGCGAAACACAAGAUAUCCUUCUACAAGACUGUCCACUUGAAAAACCCUGUACUUUAGAUGUCUCCCCAGUACCUGACAGUGUAGAACAAACAUCUGAUCCCUACAGUCCCAAGAAAGCUUGUUCAAGCCCACAAGUUGCUGAUAAAAGCUUUAAGAUCAUACCUUGUUAUAAAUGUGGGAAAUCUUUUUCCACAAAUGAUCAAUAUCUUGACCAUCAGCAUAUCCACUCAGGGGAGAAACCAUACGUGUGUUCUGAAUGCGGGAAAUGUUUUUCAAUGAAAGCCACCUUUCUAAACCACCAACAAAUUCACAUGGGUGUCGAUGCUUUUAAGUGUUCUGAAUGUGGAAAAUGUUUUACCCAAAAGUCCUAUCUUAUGAAACAUCACAGAAGUCACACAGGAGAAAAGGCAUUUCUCUGUUUGGAAUGUGGAAAAUGUUUUACCCAAAAAUCUCAUCUUGUCAAUCACCAGAGACUCCAUACGGGAAAGAAUAUUUUUCCAUGUGCUGACUGCGGCAAGCCUUUCACAUUGAGAUCGCAGCUUGAGAAUCACCGUCGAAUCCACACAGGAGAAAAGCCAUUUUCAUGCCUAGAGUGUGGGAAAUGUUUUAGUCAGAAGUCUGUACUCAUUAACCACCAGAGAGUCCACUCAGGGGAAAAGCCAUUCUCAUGUCCAGAGUGUGGGAAGUGCUUUACUCGAAAAUCAAGUCUUUUCGAACAUCAAGAGAUUCACAAAGGAGAGAGGCCUUUCCCAUGUACUGUGUGCGGGAAAUCUUUUAAUCACAAGUCUACUCUCACUAAUCAUCAAAGAAGUCACACAGGGAAGAAGCCCUUUGUGUGUUCUGAGUGUGGAAAGUGCUUUACACGGAAAUCGGGUCUUUUCGAACAUCAAGUGGUUCACAAAGGGGAGAGGCCUUUCCCGUGUACUGUGUGCGGGAAAUGCUUUAAUCAUAAGUCUACACUUGUUAAUCAUCAAAGGAGUCACACAGGGAAGAAGCCCUUCGUGUGUUCUGAGUGUGGAAAGUGCUUUACACGGAAAUCGGGUCUUUCUGUACAUUGGGCAGUUCACAGUAAGGAGAGGCCAUUCACUUGUCCAUAGUGUGGUCAACAUUUUGCGAAGAGAUCAAGCUACAUCAAACACCAGGAAACUCAUUAAAGCGAGAACCCAUUUUCAUGUCCUGACUUUGAAAAAUCUUUUACACAACUAUCAGAGCUGAUUCUACAUCGUUGAGUGCCAGUGACAACUGUAGAUGUGUGAUUGGAUAAUUACAUUUGCACUAGUACUUGAAAGUUAAAGGCUGUGUAAACCUUUGGAGAUUUUUUUUUAUUGUAUUGUACUCAUUUUGAGCUAAAAAAUUAAUAAUUUGUUUUUAUUAAAAAUGUUGAAACCCUUUCUCUAUACAGCCUUGAGAUUCUCUAGUAGCAGGCUCUUCAUUUUUACUGUUUCCUAACAGUUCCUUA